GGGAGCCGCGGGCGGGCGCGGUCAGGUGGCGCCCAACAUGGCUGCGCCGUGCCCCGGCGCCGCGCGGGGCCGCUGAGCGCUGUCGGGGGGGCGGCGGGGCCAUCAUGCAGAAGAUCAAGUCGCUGAUGACCCGCCAGGGUCUAAGAAGUCCUCAGGAGAGUGUUAAUGACCUCAGUCCUGUUGAAAGCUUUCGGAUUCCUACUAAGGAGGAGUUCAGAGAACUACAUGAAGAACCAACUGAUCCUCAGGCACAGCAGGAAAUAAUUAACAGCAUUGAAGAAGUUUAUUUUUCCAAUGAUUCCUUUGAUAUUGUGAAGUAUGAGUUAGAGAGGCUUCCUCCAGUCCUUAGUCUUCAAGAACUGGAAGAGUACAGAGACAAAUUAAAACAACAGCAAGCUGCUGUAUCUAAAAAAGUUGCAGACUUGAUCCUUGAGAAACAACCUGCAUAUGUUGAGGAACUUGAACGUGUUACAUCAUUGCAGACUGGCCUUCAGUUGGCAGCUGUUAUUUGCACAAAUGGAAGAAGACACCUGAAUAUAGCAAAGGAAGGCUUCACACAAACUAGUUUGGGGCUUCUUGCAAAUCAGAGGAAGCGACAGUUGCUUAUUGGACUGCUAAAGUCUCUGAGAACAAUAAAAACACUGCAAAGAACUGAUGUGCGUUUGAGUGAGAUGUUGGAGGAAGAGGAUUAUCCAGGAGCUAUUCAGCUGUGCUUAGAAUGCCAGAAAGCUGCCAGCACCUUCAAACACUACAGUUGUAUAAGUGAGUUGAAUUCAAAACUGCAAGACACCUUGGAACAAAUAGAGGAACAAUUGGACGUAGCACUUUCCAAAAUAUGCAAGAAUUUUGAUAUCAAUCAUUAUACAAAGGUUCAGCAGGCUUACAGGCUGCUUGGAAAAACACAGACAGCAAUGGACCAGUUACAUAUGCACUUCACUCAAGCCAUUCACAACACCGUGUUUCAAGUAGUCCUUGGAUAUGUGGAGCUGUGUGCAGGAAACACAGACACCAAGUUUCAGAAGUUACAGUACAAAGACCUCUGUACGCAUAUUACAUCAGACAGCUACAUUCCAUGCCUGGCUGAUCUCUGCAAAGCCCUCUGGGAAGUCAUGCUCAGUUACUACCGAACGAUGCAGUGGCAUGAGAACCAUGACCAAGACGAGGCAGCAGUUGUGUCUUCUGUUUCAGAUGGCAACAAUGUGAUGGGAACUGAAGAGAACAGUUUUGACCGCAACUAUGUGAAAAAGAAAUUAGAACAUGGGCUUUCACGAAUAUGGCAGGAUGUUCAAUUGAAAGUGAAAACAUACCUUCUGGGAACGGAUCUGUCUAACUUCAAAUAUGACGACUUCAUAUUUGUACUUGAUGUUAUCAGCAGGCUGAUGCAAGUUGGAGAGGAAUUUUGUGGCAGUAAGUCUGAAGUUUUGCAAGAAUCUAUCAGAAAACAAAGUGUUAACUAUUUCAAAACAUACCACAGAACCCGUCUUGAAGAACUAAGAAUGUUUUUGGAGAAUGAGACCUGGGAACUUUGUCCUGUUAAAUCAAGCUUUAAUAUUCUGCAGCUUCAUGAAUUUAAGUUCAUGGAGCAGUCACGUUCCCCAUCUGUGUCACCUAGUAAGCAGCCUGCUUCAACAAUUUCAGCAACGCUGACGUUAUUUGAGCAGUACUGUAACGGAGGAAACCCAUUUGAAAUUCAGGCCGACAACAAAGAUGAUGAGACAGAGGACGUGCUAGCUUCCAACGGGUAUGAAUCAGAUGAACAAGAAAAAGGUGCAUAUCAAGAGUAUGAUAGUGACAGUGAUGUUCCUGAAGAGUUGAAAAGAGAUUAUGUGGAUGAGCAGACAGGAGAUGCCCCGAUAAAAAGUGUUUCUCGAGAAACUCUGAGGAGCAGAAAGAGAUCAGAUUACAACCUCAAUAAAGUGAACGCACCUAUUCUAACAAACACUACCCUGAAUGUAAUACGGCUUGUUGGGAAAUACAUGCAGAUGAUGAAUAUUCUGAAACCAAUUGCAUUUGAUGUGAUCCACUUCAUGUCCCAGCUCUUCGAUUAUUAUCUGUAUGCAGUCUAUACGUUUUUUGGCCGAAAUGACACGCCCAUACCGACUUCCUUACUCUGUGCUUCUAACAGAGAACAGCACAGUGAUAGGCAGUUUGAAUUAACAGGGCUGGGCCUCAGUAGCAGCAGAUUACGCACCACACUGAACAGAAUCCAGGAGAGUCUGAUUGAUCUGGAGGUCUCUGCUGAUCCUUCAGGAACUCUCACAGCUGCUGAAGAGAGAAAAGAGAAGGUGCCAAGCCCACAUCUCAGUCAUCUCGUAGUUUUGACAUCUGGCAAUUCACUGUAUGGUUUGGCAGAGAGAGUGGUGGCCACAGAAUCCUUGGUAUUUCUGGCUGAGCAGUUUGAAUUUCUUCAACCUCAUCUUGAUGCAGUGAUGCCAGCUGCCAAGAAACCUUUUCUUCAGCAGUUCUAUUCUCAGACAGUGUCAACUGCCAGUGAACUACGUAAACCAGUGUAUUGGAUUGUUGCUGCUAAAGCCAUUGAUUAUGAACAAAUGCUACUUCUCAUGGCUAAUGUGAAAUGGGAUGUGAAGGAAAUCAUGUCACAGCACAAUGUAUAUGUAGAUGCUCUUUUAAAGGAAUUUGAAGAAUUUAACAGAAGGUUGAAUGAAGUGUCUAAGAGAGUCCGUAUUCCCCUGCCAGUCUCCAACAUCCUUUGGGAGCACUGCAUACGCUUGGCCAAUAGAACUCUAGUGGAAGGUUAUGCCAAUGUAAAGAAGUGCAGCAAUGAAGGACGUGCCUUGAUGCAACUGGACUUUCAACAGUUCCUAAUGAAACUAGAAAAGUUAACAGACAUUAGGCCCAUUCCAGAUAAAGAAUUUGUGGAGACCUACAUUAAAGCAUACUACCUAACAGAAAAUGACAUGGAACGCUGGAUAAAAGAACACAGGGAGUACUCCACUAAGCAGUUGACCAAUCUGGUGAAUGUUUGUCUGGGCUCCCACAUCAACAAAAAGGCAAGACAGAAGCUGUUAGCUGCCAUUGACGACAUAGACAGGCCUAAAAGAUAACUGGAGAAAGCUGCUUUCCUUGUGACUUGUACCUUUUUCUGUUCAUGUGAAGCAUGCAGACAAAUCUCCCAUGAACUAAUGACAACAUGAAAUGUUGUGCAUGACCUUUCUUACCAACAUUGGAGGCACUCUGAAGUGACAUAGUGUUCUAAAAUAUGACUUUUCUAAUCUGUAGAAUUCUUUUCUUUCUUUCUUUUUUUUUUUGUUACUUGCCCUUAGUAAAGGGCCACUGUUUGUGUAUCAUUGGUGAGCUGUAUAUUUUGCAAAACUUAUACUGUAAGUAAAAUCAAAAUCAGAUAGAAAGACACUGGCUUAAUAUAUCAUUGAUGCUCUUUUUAAAUAAAAGGGCUACUUGAAAAUAUGAUUUCUUUCCUCCCUGCUUUCACCCUCAGAAAUUGUGCUAUACUAUGGACCAGUGUAAAAUGAAAGGAAAUGUACAAUAUUCGAUCGAUGUAUCCUGCAUGUGGAUUAAGAGUCCAGAUCAACUAAAUAACUCUCAUGUUAAAGCCCUUCAUCCUUAUAUGUAUUUAAAAAUGUCUGUUUAUUUCAGAAUUAAUUUAGUCAUAUCAAAAUUAUUGACCUCAUAUUAAUAGAAGGUAAUAAAUACUGUACACUAAUAUGA